AUGGCGAACCCACCCCGCCCUCCCGAUAAGUAUGCAAGACCCGCCUUCGCGAGUCGCCAUGGCGGACCUCGCGACAUCUCCACCCUCAAUUCCUCAUCUGCUGACGGCCACCGCCCGAUGCAUCACCCCGCCAGCUCGAACGGUGAGGACGUGACACCCGUCAAACUCGCAUCCGAGGCGAGGUCGAAAACCACCCCGAUCAACGCCGAAGCCCUUCGAUCCAAGUUCACCCAGGGUCCGCAAUUGGACGAGCGCGAUAGUAUAUUCGCCACUACGUACAGCACGCGUGAAUCGCCAGAAUCCUCUCCUCGGCUGUCUCCGGUGGUCGAAAGCCUAGCUGAUGUUGGAUCUCCGACUGAGAAGAGCAAGCAGAUGGCGAUCCCAGCCCAGAGGCUGAAGGAGCCUCCGAUAUUUCUGCAAAAGCAUCGUGUAGGGAAACAGUCGUCCUCCACCAUGCCAAUGCCGAUGCCGUAUCCAAUUGGCGUACAUCGGCACAUUGCAAGGCCUCCUGGAGCGAUGGACGGUUCGGACGAUCAACCCAGUCCGAGGCAGUAUAUUGGCACAAGCGGGGAGUCCCAUACCAUAGAACCUCACGACCCGCACACCAUAGAUAAGAGCAGCCCGAGUUCCAUCAAGACCCUGACUACCCAUUCGGCUGCAAGCAGCAGUCGCGGCCAGUCACCGCCACUAGAACCGCAAUAUGAAGAAGAACGAAAAAUAUACAGGUCAUGGCGACAGGGAAAGCCAACGUUGGCCCGGGGCAAAACGGCUCAGUCGUCGCACGUCGACAAGAAGAUCGAAGCGACCUUGCCCAAGGCGGAUAUGAGUGCGGUUGCGCGCAGUCGCAAAGCAAGUCAUACCCUAGGGAUCUUCAAGGAGAACGAGGCUGCGGAGGAUAAGAGACGCACUGAGCACCUACGCGAGUUGAUGGCUGCAGCGUCUCUGAGACAAUCGCAGAGGGAGCAUCGAAAGGUCGAUGAACGAGACGACGAGGAAGAGUCUCCCGGGAUACCGAAGCUACAGAAAGUAGUUGAACUAGCCCAAGCCCAUCAACGUGAUACACCAAAAAACAAGCAACAGGCUUCAGUCCCGGAAGACAGCGUACUUCAGUCUCCUGAGCCUAUCAUCUCACCUUCCACCAAACCAAGACGUCCCUAUACACCAAGAUCAUCAUUGGGUAGAGACUCACCUAGCACCUUGAUAACCCUCAAGAAAGCAGCAGAGGAUGAAAACGACUCCGAUCGCGAGAUAUCAAAAGCACUGUAUUUCCCUCAUCGUCAGGUUACUCUCAAUGAAGAAGGCUCAGAAGAGACCCGGACACCGUCGCCCAAAAAGGGUAUACCGAUCGAAACUCGACCUCGCCCGGUUCAGGAUGCGGUUACGGCGUGGAAGGCCGACGAACUAUGCCAAAGCCCCGGAGAGGUUGAGAUUUCCAUCAAGUCCCAGGACAAAAAGCAGCUGUUCCACGAAGUCGGUCGUCGAGCUACGGAAGAACCGAGUCUCCAUCCGAUUGACGAGGGUCCUUCCCGUGAGCCAUUUGAAGACUCCAACAGAGCCCUGGUGGAUGAGUUGAGUGCAGUAGAGGAAUUCGACAUGACACCGGCACCGCUAAGACGAACCAAGUCGCAAUAUCGUAGCCGUUCGAAGCCACCAGCCCCCCUCGGUGCCGUCGAGCUCGAGCCGUUCGAUCAUCAAGUCGGCGGACAUUCGACCGUCUACCGCUUCUCUCGCGCCGCCGUUUGUAAACAGCUCAAUAACCGUGAAAAUGAGUUUUACGAGACCGUGGAGUUGCAUCACCCGGAGCUGCUGGACUUUCUGCCCAGGUAUAUCGGGGUCCUCAAUGUGACAUAUCGGAAACCUUCGAAACGAAGGAAGACCGAGCAGGAGCAACCGGCUGGUGAAGGGGAGUCGAAGGAUCCGGCUCGCCAAGACGAGGGGUUGCCACUCAAGCAUUUAGUGAAAAACCAGCCACGGAUUGUCAGCCAUCAGCAAGCCGGAGCGCACGCCCAGGUACCGCAAGUGAUCCUAGAGAACAAUCGGCACAUUAUCCCUGAAGAUCUGUUCGGCUUUCCACGGCAACGAGGUCGAAAUGAAUCUCUCUUGACGCAGUUGCACCGGGGCGAUGAUGAUGCUGCCCUGGACACAAGCACUUCGACUGAUAGUAGUCCAUCGCGGCUGGCAAUGAGACAAAAUGCUAUAUGGGGAGCGACUACUGUGAACCGUAAGCUUCAGGAACAAGUCUUACGAGAGGUGUUCUCGCCUUCCCCCGUGCAUCGCCACUCCAAACGAGAGCGCACCCACCCGAAAGUUCGAGCCUUCAAGGAAGCUCAGUCCUUCUCGGCGGCGUCAUCCAUGUCGGAUCGCCGGAGUAGCAUUGAUUCAUCCAACAUCCACAGUGUAAGGCGGAAUGGCUCGGGGUCCACCACGAAUACGUCGUCGUUGUCGAUCGAUACCAGUUCCCUACCUCCAAGCAUGUCCCAGUCUGCCGGCGAUAGAUCCGGCUUCGCCGGAGAGGCAGCAUCUCGAUCGCGUGCGGCGCUCGAUACGGAGUCGGGUGAGGCUAGCAACCGAUCAGCAAUCUCAAUUCCACGACGUCGACGCUCGGGGGGCAACCUCCGACGCACGCUCGUCGACCUCGAAACCAACAAGCGCACCGCUCUUGAAUACCACGAAGACGAGGGGUAUGGCGGCGACCGCGAAGACGAGGCCCCGAGGGAAGACCGGACUCGGCUCACGGCCAGUUCCUCUCACGCAUCCAGCCAUACCUCUUCCACGGGCUCCCACUCCUCUGAGAGCACGAUCCGCACGAGCACCCGAGAAGACAACGGUCGAUCCGAACGCUCUGACGCCCCGCUCCGAACCCAGCAAGAGAAAUUGCCCAGCCCAUACACGACUCCACUCAAUCCUAUCCAGUCUCAAACCCAGACUGACGCCCGCGUCGAGCACUUCAUCCUCCUCGAAGAUCUCACCGCCGGGAUGUCGCGACCGUGCGUGCUAGACCUGAAGAUGGGCACGCGCCAAUACGGAGUAGAAGCGGACUCGCAAAAGCAGCGAUCUCAGCGACGCAAAUGCAAAUCCACGACGUCGCGCGAGCUGGGGGUUCGGGUGUGCGGGAUGCAGGUGUGGAGCAACAAGACGCAGUCCUACAUCUUCGAAGACAAGUAUUUCGGCCGCGACCUCAAAUCCGGACGGGAGUUCCAGGACGCACUGAAGCGGUAUUUCUUCGAUGGACACAGCUACUCUCCCGCGAAUCGGCAUAUCCCUGUCAUCCUUGACAAGUUGGCCCGCCUUGAGGACAUCAUCUGGAGUUUGCCUGGCUAUCGGUUCUACGCGAGCAGUCUGUUGAUGCUGUAUGACAGCGCUGUCGAGUUUGAGGCGGCCAGGGAGGAAGUAGCGGUCGGCUCGGGCGCCUCGGUUGACAGCAGCGCCGACCCGUCCCCGUCCAAGCCCCAGCCGACGCGUACGCCGCACAUCCGCCUGAAGAUCGUCGAUUUCGCGAACUGCGUGACCGCGGAAGACCUAGCGGGGCGACCGGAGGGGUCGAUUCGAUGCCCGCCGCACAACGUGCACGGGAUUGAUCGCGGGUAUCUGCGCGGAGUGCGUAGUCUGCGAUUGUAUUUCCAGCGCAUAUGGGCGGAGCUGAAUGACAGGGAGUGGGUGGAACGUGGUGAGGGAGAGGGGAUGAGCGUGGAUCAGCGGGGAGAGAUGAGGGGGACGGCGGGUACUAGAUGGGAGGAUGUGCUGGGAGGGGACGAUGGAGAGGUGAGCGUGUGA